CAAGAAUCAAACGACAAGUCUCAGUAUAGCCAGCGCCAUGGGCUUCAAGGCCCUCCUAGGCCGCACCGCGUUCUUUCGCCACCAUGCGGAGCGAACUCCCCUCGAGCGGGACCUCGUCCGGCGGCUGGACAUCUUCCUGAUGACUUUUGGCUGUGUUUCUCAGGUGAUCAAGUAUCUUGACCAGACAAAUAUUAGCUCAGCCUAUGUUUCGGGCAUGAAAGAAGACCUAAACCUCUAUGGGAACGAGCUCAACUAUUUCACCACUUGGUUCAGCGUGUCCUAUUGCAUUAUGCUUAUCCCCUCGCAGGUCAUCAUGACCUGGGUCCGGCCAAGCUGGUGGCUGCCGGGUUUGGAGAUUGGAUGGGGCAUCAUCACUGGUCUCAUAGCGCUGUGCCACAAUGCAAAGCAGGUGUAUGUUUUGCGCGUUUUCCUGGGGCUGUUUGAGAGCAGUGCCUGGCCUGGCAUGAUGACGUUGUUUAUGUAUUGGUACACGCCCACUGAGUUGGCCAAACGUAUGGGGUUCUACCAUUCCUGCCAGUCUAUCGGCUCGAUGAUGAGCGGUGCUUUGCAGACGGCCAUGCUCAACACGCUCGACGGACACCAUGGCAUUGCUGGUUGGCGUUGGCUAUUCAUAAUAAACGCGGUCAUGACCGUGGCCGUUGGAUUGGCCGGCUUCUUCAUGCUGCCCGACUAUCCCUCCCGCCCGAACCCUCGCGCCUUCUGGUUCACUGGAGAACAUGCCCGAAUCGCGCAGGAACGCCUCGAGCGGCACGGCCAGGCCGGGGUCAAAAAGAUCACCUGGGCCGCAGCCAAGCGGACAGCGAGCAUGUGGAUCGCAUAUUUCAUCCCGGUGCUGUAUAUUGGGACAGUCCUGGCUCAGUACGGGAUCAACUACUUCAACCUGUUCUUGAAGUCGCUGCUGAACCCCGACGGCUCUCGAACGUGGUCGACUUCGCAGGUCAACUCGAUACCUAUUGCCGGUGGCGCUAUCAAUGUGGCAUUUGUGUGGAUAUGGGCAAUUGCGUCCGAUAUCUUUCAAACCAGGUGGACGCUGCUGGUUGCUCAGGCCGUCAUCGGCCUCGUCGUGUCGAUCAUCAUGAGUGUCUGGGCGCAGCACCCGAACACCACUCCGCUGUCGGCCGCGUAUGCGAGCUAUUUCAUCCUUUACACGUGUCAAGGCACAGCACCGCUGAUAUUCUCGUGGUUGGCCGAUCUCGUACCACAGGACCCGGAGGCGAGGACUUUGGUGGUUGGAUAUGCAAUCGCAGGGCUGUACUCCAUCAUUGCGUGGUCUCAAGUACUUGUAUGGCCUGCAAGUGAAGCACCACAUUAUCGAUAUGCCUGGCCAGUUUCGCUAGCACUGUGGGUGCUUGUGGCUGUGAUGGUCGUGGUUUUGAGGAUUGUAGAUCUUAAAUUCCUCCUGCCGAAGCGUUUCAUUGCCACCACUCCUGCGAUCGAUGCGGCGAAGUUGGAUGGUGAGGAGGACGCGGUAGUGGACGCAAAUGGCAAACAGGCGAAUUCAAAGACGGCAGAUGUCGAAACUGCGGUGUGAAUGCGGACUUUGUCAUGGUCAGCUGGUGAUAAGUAGACUGGAGCAAAUAUGGUAGCAAUAUAUUUCGCCGAAUCUCAAGACUCGGCAAGUGACUGCUUGGCCACCUAAUUCCCAAUCGCGAAACCUGCGGUAUUGGAUGUCUGUGAUAGGACAGGCCAAAUGUGUCAUUUGAGUGUCGGACAGGCCUAUU